AUGCGUAAACUGUCUCAGAUCAUCGACGCGCCACGAGAGUCCUUCGACGCGAUGGACUCUCCCCGCCUUCCACAGUCGCCUUUGACCGUGAAUACUUCUGCGCCGGCUUCGCCUGCUAUUUCUCUCUUCUCCGCGACAGGUCAUAAUCGUGUUUCCAGUUCGGUUUCUUCACUUGUCUCUGCCCACGGUUUGGGGAAUUCUAUGGACAGCCCAAGUCGAAGCCACCUGACCGGCGUCAAGGAAGAACCCUGUGGGCGAGACUCCCUCGAAGAUCAAUAUUUCCAGCAUUUUGAAUGCAGCACCAUAACCGAUGAAUCUUAUUUUCCUAUGGAUCCCGCGGAUAGCUAUGAUCUGAGUGAUGCGGGCAUGGACCUUUCGAACUCAACGAAGAAGCGACACUCGGACAGCUCAUCAAUGAAAGGCGCUUCCCGCAUCAGCUCCCGCAUGUCCACGGUCUCCGCCCGGUGGAAGUCGAUGCGAUCGUCGGGGAGCCCCGAGCGAGAUAUUUUGUCGGGCGAUUUGCGGUCCCGCGCGAACUCCGCGACCUCGUCCAUCCUGGCCAGCCCGGUUCUGGCGAGUCCGAUCAGUCGCAUUGACUCUCAAAUUCCCCCGUCUCCCGCCCGGACUAUUUUUGAAGAGCGCAUGAGCGAUUCUGGCGCCCGCCCGAUUGACAUCACUCGUGCAAACAGCCUUAGCCAGGAAGACAAUGAUGGCCAACAAGCUACCACCCCGCUGCUUCCUCCCGUGUUGGGCGAUGAUCCCACCAGUGUGAUCGCAUCUCGAGUGCAAUCGCCCCUGCAGUCGCCUUCCGUCGCAGAUGUCAGCGAGGGCGCCCAUUAUUCCCGGUCCUCAGACCCCCGCUUCGUUGCUGUCACCGGUAUUCCCUCUCCUCCUCUCUCCUCGAAACCCUCCAUGGCCUCGAUCUCCCGCCCGCGCGCAAGUACCGUUCGCACCGUAUCGGGCGAUGCCCCUUCUACACCAUUCAUGCUAUCAGAUCCCAACGAUGAGUGGGCCAACAAGCUCGGUCACGCCAAUUUUACAAUCCAGCCCGAGCCGUACUCUCCCCCGCUUUGUGACAUUGAAAGCUUCCACCAGCUUUGCGCAGACUGGAACAUUGCGCGCUGCAACUUUGCCAAGCACCUUGUGCGCACCGGCGAGCACUACGGUGUCACCUCGAACAUCUACAAGUUGACAGGGGAAAAGUGGAACUGUAUCGACCGCGAGUGGCGCACCUGCCACGAGACCAUGCUCAAACAUAUUGGGGCUGUGGACGGUGUCGCGCUUACUCUAACACAGUCCAAUCUGUAUCCCUGCGAGCAAGUACGUAUUCCACGACUACAUGACAAUGCCAAGUUUCCCGAAAUGGGUGACGAGGACAUUGUCGGCCCGAUGACAGUCGCGCCGGCCAACGAAAUUGUUGGCCCAUGUCGAACUAGUUUUCUCAAGAAGCGUAAUUUCUUCCGCUUCUUCCAGGAUCUUGUUUCGCGGACCUGA